AGUUCCUGCGUCUGAGGACACACAUUUUGUGUGGCUUUCGGCAGACAAACUACAAACGGAGAGAAUGAAAAUCCUGCGGGACAUCCGAGCAAUGAUUUGGCCCACUCAGGUGUGCGCGCUGCUGCCCUUCUUCAGCGGCGAGGAGCAUGAGGAGAAUUUUCGCUUGAGCAAAUGGGGCAGAUGGUAUGGCAGAGUGAUUGCUGCCUUGCUGCUGGUUAGUUCGGCGCUGCUGUGCCAGGAUGUGCUGUUUGCCUCGCUGGAGUACAAGCUGGUGGCCAGCUCGCUGGGCGACACCGAGGAGAUCAAUCGCACCAUCGAGACGCUCUUCUGCAUCUGCAGCUACACGAUGAUGGUGCUCUCCAGCGUGCACAAUGGCUCGAAGCACUGGAGCACGCUGCGGGACAUUGCGCGGAUCGACGAGUAUCUGGAGGUGAAUGGCUUCAGGGAGAGCUACAGCUGCCGCCUGCUGGGCGCCCUGGUGGCUGCCACCUCCACGAGCGUGGUGCUGGUGGCCUUCUACUACGUUCACUUUCUCAGCGGCAUCGGCAGUCGUCGGCAGUGGAUCCUCAUGCUGGUCUACAGCCUGCAGAUGCUCUACUCCGGUGUGUUUGCCGUCUAUCUGCGCACCAUCCUCAAGAAUCUGGCACUGCGCAUCGAGUUUCUGAACCGACGGCUGGAUGAGUUCACGCGGCAGGAGAGACGCAGCAGGCGGAACGACCGCGAGAACUGGCGGGAGCUGAGCAACCUGAUUGAAGUCUUCUGCAAGUUCCGCUACAUCACGGAGAACAUGAACUGUGUGGCCGGAGUGGGUUUGCUCUUCUACUUCGGCUUCUCCUUCUACACGGUCACCAACCAGAGCUACUUGGCCUUCUCCACGCUCACCGCCCAGCAGUCGGCGGACAUGGCCGACACCAUGGGCCUGUCCUGUGCCUGGGUGCUGGCCGAGACUGUCACCAUGGCCGUCAUUUGCAGCUCGUGCGAUUGUCUGGCCUCGGAGGCCAAUACCACUUCCCAGAUCCUGGCACGUGUCUACGGCAAGAGCAAGGAGUUCCAGAACAUCAUCGACAAGUUCCUCACCAAAAGCAUCAAGCAGGAUGUGCAGUUUACGGCCUACGGCUUCUUCGCCAUCGACAAUUCAACGCUUUUUAAGAUCUUCUCGGCUGUGACAACUUAUCUCGUGAUUUUGAUACAAUUCAAGCAGCUGGAGGACUCCAAAGUGGAGGAAGUUGAGGUGUGAAUAAUGCCACGAAAUUGCAUUUUUUUCGACAUUUUUCUGAGCACAAAUAAAAAAUUGAAUUCUGCAAUGCAAAAUGUUAUUUUUGUAGCCAAAUUCUAGGGGAUUAUAUAGGAAGAAACAGGAGUAUUUCCAUGGCUUCUCUCCGAAACAUUUCUCACCCGAUUUACGUGCUUGAAAAUCAAUAAAAAUAAAGGAACAGAAAAGAAGGCUGCAAUUUCUGCCAGCUGUGGGCAUGGGACCAAAACAAACAUUGCAAUGCGUGUGGGAACUCGUGAAAUCAUGGUGUCGUCUCCUGAGUACCAGUAGAAGCUGAAGCUGAGUUUACCAAAGGGCGUGCCAGUUGCAACUUAAACGCAUCAUUAAACUUUUGUCAGGAGUUGCAGUGCAGGAGCAGGAGCAGGAGCAGGCAACCUCAAGGCAGAGAGAGAGAGAGGGAGAGUCACUCG